AUGCGGUGCAAUAUAAAACGAUUAUUCACUUUGGCUAUCGGAGUUUUCGCUGCGACACUUGUCAUCAUCUCGUUUUCAAAUAACACCUAUGAGCGAGAAUGGAAGCAGGGACCACAGUCAAACGAAGCUCGGAUAAUGGGCCACGCGAUUCCAGAUGCACCCGAGUUCCCAGUCGGUCAGAAUAGUCUUCCUCACCAACCACUACCACCAAGUCUUGGCGAGAAAAACUUGAGCGAUCCAUUCAACUUCAUAUACCCAUCAAAUAAAGUAACGCUGCGAAAACUCUUUGAUCUCACGAAAGACGUCAAUUUUGAUCUGCUCAAGAAAAAUGAGUGUAGAUCGAAUACUACACUUUCAAAAUAUUGGGAGAACUCUCAGCAGAGAUAUGUACCGGAAGAUGACAACUGGGAAAGGUUCUACUCAAACAUUGGAAGUUGUUCAGUGUACUCUGAUGAUCAGAUGAUUGACAACUUGCUUCACGAUCUCAACACAAGUCCCAUCAAACACGUGCACAUUAUGGAUGGUGGCACCCAGGUCAAAUUUGUGUUCACAUUCAAAAAUGACAAACAGGCAGUAUUCAAGCCGAUGAGAUUUGGUCGCGAUUAUGAAUCGGAUCCCAAUCAUUUCUACUUCAGUGAUUUUGAAAGACACCAUGCAGAAAUCGCAACGUUCCAUCUAGACAGGGUUCUCGGAUUCCGAAGGGCAAUUCCAACUGUUGGCCGAGUCCUGAAUAUGACAACAGAACUUUUCGAAAAAGCUGAGAAAAAAUUAAAGAAGACAUUCUUCUUCUCACCAGCCAAAAAUUUCUGUUUUGUGUCUCGUUGCGACUACUACUGUGACACAACACACGCCAUUUGUGGUCUUCCCGAUAUGAAGGAAGGAAGUGUUCAAGUAUUUCUUCCGGACGAAUCAGCAGUGCCACGGAAACAUAACAGGAGUCCUUAUAGAAGAACAUACUCCAAAAAGAAUCAAGUAGCCGAGUGGCAAUCGAGUAUGAACUACUGCACAGAGAAAGUAAAAACCAAGAAACAAUACGCUCAUGGUCGCAGGUUAUUGGAUUUGGUUGAUAUUCAUAUUUUGGAUUAUUUAAUAGGUAACCAAGACCGUCACCACUUUGAGUCUUUCAACGUGUUCACUGAUCUCCCCUCUUAUGCUAUCCAUCUCGACCAUGGAAGAGCAUUUGGCAGAUCAGACAUCGACGAUGACGACAUCAUUCUCCCACUUCGACAAUGUUGUAUCAUCCGACCGUCAACUUUUCAAACACUGCUGAACUUUUAUGGUUCUCCGAAAUCGCUGACGAAAGCGUUGCAUGAAUCAUUAUCAAAAGAUCCGGCUCAUCCAAUCCUUGCAUAUAAACACUAUCCAGCGAUGGAAAGGCGAUUAGCUAAAGUGAUGCACUACUUAUUGGAAUGUAUCGAGCAACGAGGAGUGUCUGAAGUCCUGAUACCCGAGUAUAAUAAUCCUGAUGUGUCGAAUGUUGGACAGAAUGAUGACGAGCAGAGUGAAGAACAUCAGGACAAGAAAGACGAGAAGAAAACAGUCUAG